GGGAAAAUGAGUCUUCCAGAUUUAUUUCUCCAAUGUGACCCUGCUACACCGUAAAGUUUGAGACCCACUCAACUAGAAGAUUACCAAAGAUUUAGAUCCGUAUCUCCCUUUGCUCCUUUUCUUCCUUCUAGAGCUUAAACAACAGAACUUGCUGCUCUCCCUCCCCUAUCCUGCAAUUUAAUUCCUUACAGAUUUUGCCAUGGGGUGCGGACUUAGAAAGCUAGAAGACCCUGAUGAUAGCAGUCCUGGAAAAAUAUUUUCUACUCUGAAGAGACCACAAGUGGAAACAAAAACAGAAUUUGCUUACGAAUAUGUAUUGCUGGAUUUUACUUUACAAGCUUCAUCAAACCCAGAAGUCAUCAAAAUAAAUUCAGUUCUGGAUAUAGUUACAAAAGUGGAAGACUACUAUCUUAAAGGAUAUGUUGUCGGGGCUAUUCAUCCUGUUAUACAGCCCACGGGCCAGCGCAAACAUCUACCUGCAAGUCACCUAUAUAGGGUGGUGCUGUCACGCUUGAAAUUAAGCCAGAAGCAUUCAGCAGCACCCAGUGGACAAAGACGCCCAAGGCUUGUGAUUGAGGAAUGUCCUCUAACUUAUGAAACACAAGCAAAUGACAUAGCAAAGGAAUUGAUAGAAAAGAUUAAUGUAGCCGCUAAAAAAGGAAUGAAAUUUGUUGGAUUCCUAUCACAGCAUUAUCCACCAUUUAAAUAUUGCAAUGGAACCAACCAUGAUGGAGAUUUAGAAUCAACACUACAUGUGAAACACAGCUUAGAGGAAAACUAUAAAAGUUGGAAUGAAGGAACAUUAAGUGGGCAAUCAUCUGAGAGUGGAAUUGAGGAAGAACUUCAUCAUGAAAGUGGACAGUGUCAAAUGGAACAAGAUGGCAGCCCUAGUUCCUCUAAAUCAAGAAAGGGAGAAGAGAAUAAGUUUUACACAGUCUUCAAUGUUUUUGAUGAUGAAUCAACCUGCUGGACCUAUCAGGAAGGCAUCCUGUCAAUGAAAGUAACAAGAAAAGGAUCUGUCAUUAGUACACUUGAUGCUGAUUGGCUGGAAUUAACUACAUUUUAUUACAAGCAAGGCUUGUCUUUAAUUGAUUCUUUUGUAUGCUGGGAAACUUCUAAAGGGGACCAUUUGCCUAAAUCUUUGGAAGGAUUAUUUAUCUAUGAAGAAGAGGGUUCUGGAAUUCCAGGUUCUAGUAAGAAAGGAAAUGAUGCCAUCGUAGUAGAACAAUGGACUGUUAUUGAGGGCUGUGAAAUCAAAACAGAUUAUGGCCCUCUGCUGCACACCCUGGCUGAGUUUGGAUGGCUUCUGACAAGUGUGUUGCCCACCCCUAUACUGAGACAUGACAGUGAGGGGAACUUGGCUACAAAGCAAGUUGUGUUCCUUCAGAGACCUGUUAUGUGGAACUCAGCUGUUCAAACACCAGAAGCAUGAACACAGAUGACGAAGGGUGUACUUGAUAUGAAAAGAGGCUUCUGAACAGCAUAU